GCUAAACCAAUAGUAGGCAUGCUAGUGUGUAUCUGCCGAUGAAUAAGGAGGUGGCUGUAGUGGUCGGUCACGUUCUUAACAGGAAAGACACUUUGGACAUACCUCAUCGCUGUGAGCAGAGCUAUUUGUUUACCACAGGAAACAUGACAGGGGAGACCAACAGAGUGUUAAGGUUGUGUCUGCAUCACAUGGCUCUGCUCAGGAGAUACCCGCAUCCUGGCUCAUCACUCCAAACAACCAGAUCCUUCAGUUCGCUCAGGGAAGGUAAGCGCAGAGGGCUGUUAUGGAAGACCCUUGUUGGCAUCUCUGUCGGUAUACCUGUGGCAUUGGGUGUCCAGUAUGCUGUGUCCAAACCAAGAGAGAGGAGGAAGAUGAGGAUCGUGAUUGAAGGAUUCGGUCGCUUCUGCAGAUCUGUCUCUGUGGGAAUCUUUAUCUCUGUGGAUUACUGGUGGACCACCAAUGUGGCUCUUCGUGGCCUGGAUGAGAGCAGCCCACCCUACUUGGCUGAGAUGUCAGCCUGCCACCAGAGGGCAGCAGAGUACAUGGUGGAAGGAGCAGUAAGGAACGGAGGAAUAUACAUCAAACUUGGCCAAGGUCUGUGUUCCUUCAACCACCUCCUACCCCCCGAGUACAUCCGCACCCUGCAAAUACUGGAAGACAAGGCCUUGAACAGAAGGUACAAAGAGGUGGAUGCUCUCUUCCAAGAAGACUUCAACAAAACCCCAGAGCAGUUUUUUAAAACGUUUGACUAUGAACCCAUAGCUGCUGCCAGCUUGGCCCAGGUUCAUAAGGCAGAACUGUUUGAUGGGACUCCUGUCGCUGUGAAGGUGCAGUACAUUGACCUCAGGGAUCGGUUUGACGGUGAUAUCAGAACAUUGGAGAUCCUGCUGGAUAUUGUUAAGUUCAUGCACCCUAGCUUUGGAUUUCGAUGGGUUCUUAAGGACUUGAAGGGUUCAUUGGCUCAAGAGCUGGACUUUGAGAACGAGGCCAGGAAUUCUGAGAGGUGCGCAGAGGAGCUGAAACACUUGAGUUUUGUUGCUGUACCCAAAGUCUUCUGGGAGCAAACUAGUAAGAGAGUGUUGACAGCAGAGUUUUGCAACGGUUGCAAAAUCAACAAUGUGGAAGAAAUUACAAGACAAGGAUUAAGUUUGAAAGAUACUGCAGAUAAACUGAUCCGAACCUUUGCUGAGCAAAUAUUCUACACCGGUUUCAUCCAUGCUGACCCUCAUCCUGGAAAUGUUUUAGUGAGACGAGGUCCUGAUAGCAAGGCAGAGUUGGUACUCCUGGACCACGGCUUGUACGAGUACCUCAGUCAAGGUGACAGAGUGGCCCUUUGUAAACUGUGGAGGUCCAUAGUCCUGAGAGAUGAAGCAGCAAUGAAGAAGUACUCCAGUGCACUUGGUGUCAAAGAGUACUUCCUCUUCUGCGAGAUGCUGCUGCAGCGACCCAUCAACAUGCGGGAGCUGGGUCUGUCCAACAUCCUGAGUCGAGAGGAGACAACCUACAUGCGUGAAAUGGCCAGCCACCGCUUCGAAAGCAUCAUGCAGGUGCUGAAGUCGAUGCCUCGGCCCAUGCUGCUUGUCUUCCGGAACAUCAACACGGUUCGAAGCAUCAACAUCACUCUGGGAGCACCGGUGGACCGCUACUUUGUCAUGGCCAAGAGCGCGGUGCGAGGCUGGGGGAAGAUUCAGGCAGAGAGGACAGGGAUACUGCCCAGGCUCUGGGUCUUCCGCUGGGUGAGGACAACAUGGGAGACCCUCAAGUUUGAACUGGCUUUGCGAUGGGAGAUGGCGGUGAUGAGUCUGACGCGUUCUUUCCUGAGCCUGCUGUCGUACUCCGGUCUCAUCUCUCUCGACGCAGACGUGUACGAGUACCUGAGAUAGUGCACAGACGUCACACUAUGAAGGAACAGAGGCCUUUCACAGCUGUAGCUCCGAAAGCUGCUAGUGAUGGUGCUGCUCGAGUGCGAGCAAUAUUUCCACACCAAAUCACCCUGAACUCUGGUGUCAGACAGGACUCCUUCAGAGUGGGUGAGAAUGUUCUGAACUACAAAGCUGCAAACCUAUUCCAGAGUAGGUUCAGAACCUAACAGGCUAUUUAAGGUUUUUAAUUAAAUUAAUUUUUAUAUUUUUGGUAUUUACACAUUUUAAUUUUAGAGUAGCGUAAUCUUAGUACAGCAAAUUCUUUUUGAAAUCCAAAUUUGAGAUAUUUUAAGAUGCAGUUUGUUUUAAAGAAACUGGUGACAUUUACUCAUUUAUUCUAUCAGGCAAUUAUUUCUAGCAGCUGCGGCAUCCUGGCUCAGCAAUACAUCAUUGUAUUCCAUGAGUAAUGUGUAAUAACUGUACCUUUGCUAUAAAACAAGCUACACACGACAGCGUUAAGCCGCAUCCCCACUGGAGCACGAGAGUAGAUGUAUAAGAAAAGUAAAAAAUUGUUUAAAGUUAAAUCUCUGUCCUGAAACUUUUUAAUGCUUCAAGUGUAACACUGCAGCUUUAAUGACAGCAAUACAGAUUUGAAAUGUUAAUAAGUCUGUCAAGUAUUCUGUAAUACAAGAAUUGAUAUUUCUUAACCAUUUCUGUUGUUACUUUGAUGAAAGCUAUGCUAUUGGUGAUUUGGUCCCACUUCUCCUGAGUUAAGCAAUUAUUGGAAUUCAACACACCUUGCAGGUUAAAUGAGCAGUCCGGUGCCACCUAACCAAAUGUUUUUAAAUUAUUUUUAGCAAUAGUUAAUAAAAUGUUCUACCUCCUUUUUUAAAGGCAUUCCUGUCUUUAUCACGUAAAGCUCAAUAAAUACACAUACAAGGCUUGUGUAAAUUACUUUUACUGAUUUAAAAAAAAAAUACAAAAUAUCCCUAAGAAAACGUGGCUGCUCUCUUUUUUUUCCUUCCAAAUCAGGUUUCCACAAAGAUGGCCUUAACAAAACAUUUUCUCCAUUCAAUAUAAAACAGCAUUCACUGGACGAGACGU